AACAGCUUGCGGAAUAGGUCAUUACGUCAUGUCCGUACCAAAGUAUCGAAACGCAGCUGAACACUUGCAAUAUUUAGAUUUUUUUUUUCUAUAUCGUAAUUUUAAAUUAUAAUUAAUUUGUGUGUGUGUGUGUGUGUGUGUCGCCGAAACUUGCAAAUGCUUGACGCCGUUGAUUUGAUUUGUGUGAUUGUUUUGAUUUAAAGCGAUCAAACAUACACACGACGUGCCUUAAUACAUCAACAUAUCCAACGACAAAGACACACUUUAAAGAGAAAUAAUAAAUCCAGUUCAUUGUCAGAUCUUUUAAGAUGUCGUCCAGUAGUUCUGUAUUUAAGUGUCCAGAGACAGUGAUCAUUCCCUAUGGACUCAAAACACUGCUGGAGUCUGUGUGUCGAGCUACAAUCAUAGAAAACCCGAGCCAUAUCCCUCACUUCAUUAAUCAAUACUGCUGCGAUCUGGUCAAAUAUAGACACAAGUUCUCUAAGAUGGACACUAAAGAAGUGGUGUGUCUGUUUCAAAAGAAUCGAGAGUUGCACCAAACAUUGGAUAAACCAGCUUCUGUUGAGGACAUUUGUACACAGAUGUUACCUGCUGGAGCAGAAGAACAGGUGACCUUUCACUCCAUGACUUUCAGCGAUUUGACUUCUGUAAGUGCUCAUUUGAUGGAUGCAGCAUUGACUUUUACCCAGAGAACCAAACCUGUGGCUGUUGAGCUUGAUUUGAACAUUAACCAAACUGCUACCGAAGGCUGCACAGGAGACUGUUUAGAGGAUCUGACUCAAAAUACAGCAGCCAGUAGUAGUGACACUGGAGCUUCAUUAACACAAGGUGCAAAUAAAGUAAAGAUACCAUCUACAACAGAUGCUGAGAGACCUGAGGAACAUGUAGAUAUGUUUCCUGAAGUUUAUACAACAGGAGAUAUACCAGGCAGACAUGCUUUGGAUGAGGUGUCAACCGAUGUUUUCAAGCAAACUUCUGAGACAGAAAUGACCUUCUCAGAGGAGUCAGAUGUGAUCUGUCAGAUGUUGCCUGCAGUACUUUCAACAAACGUUAAGCAUUACGGAUCCCCUGUUUAUGUGGACUCUCUCAUUCUACGAGAAAUUUCUGCAUUCAAGACAGAUGUGGAGAGCACUGAAUAUACACAAUUAUCCGUCACAUCAGCAUCUCAACAGGAGAGUUAUGAUGAUGAAAUGACUAGUGUGUCUUCCUGUGUUUUGGAGUCAUCUUCUACUGAGAAAAAUGAGUUUACUGUUAACUGGCUGAAAAUACCGUCUGAACAUGAUGAGGUUUCUGAGGAAGAUCAAGAAGUGGCAAAUAUAUUGGCACUGAAUGUUCUUCAUCAAAAUUGUCCAUCGGGAACCUGUCUGAGACAGACCUGCAUUAAGAGUCUCGAGAUGAUUACAGGAGGAGAAGAUAAAGACACAGCAAACACAUGCUCUCACUCAGCUGAAGACAAUGGGGAUAUUUCAUCAGCCUCAUGUGUUGUAGGAUCCUCGCAGACUCGCAUACCAGACAUCACAAAAAAAAUGUUACUGGACACUUCAGGUCAUGUCUUGCCUUCAGAGGACAAAUGGACAGAUGCUGUCUCACCGUCUGGUUUCAUGGGAAAGGCUGUGUGUGCUUCAAAGACAACUCAAACACCUAAUGAAGCAGAUAAUGAAACAUCCGCACGGGUGUUGCAGCCGCUUGCGUCCAGUGGAAACACGUACAUACAAAACUACGGCUCUGGACACAUAGUGUUGUUGACGACACAGUGCCCUCACCAGUGCCCUCAUCAGUUAGUGUCUUAUCAUCAGGUGCAGACACAUGCUCAGCACACAGAUGGAGUCUCGUCUGUCAGUCUGUCCAUGACGAUGUCCACAGACAGCUGCUCAUCGGCCAUCACAGAGAGUAAAACAUCCACUCAUAUCUCUGAUCGGCCUCUGAUGUCUGAUGAAGAUGAGAAUGAGGGGUUUAUGUAGCAUGCCAUCAAUUCAAUUUACUGGUAAAUGGUAAAAAACUUUCUUUUCACAUUAUUUGGUACAAUUCAUGGAAUGAGAGAAUCUCAGAAAAAACUGUAAAGAAGUGCCCAAGACAGAUUUCAAGAAAUAAAUUAUAUUUGUGUAAAGAAAAUAACGAACAAUCAAUUAUCAUGCUGUAUUAUAUAAUGUGAAUCUAAUUAGAAUCAUCGAACAAACACUAUAGCAAAAUGCGCAUAAUUAGAUUGUGGGAGUGAAAUGUUAUUUUGUCAUAAUGCAAAAAAAAAAAAAAAAAGAAAAAAACACUUCUCGAAGUUAUUUGAAUUUGGAUUGAAAUAUGACAUGUUUUCAUGAGAUUCACUCUUAUUAUAUUAGAUUCA